AUAGUCAAUGGGUGGCUUAAGGUUCACAAUGGAUUUAACAUAUGCUUCCCCUUUUCUUCUACUAUUUACAUUCCUUUCUAUGCUACUAUCAUCAACAAUCACCUUGGCCACUGAAUUCUCAAUCAAAGAAGCAACAGUUCAAGAUCUCCAACUAGCUUUCCAAAGAAACCAAUUAACAUCAAGACAACUUGUUGAGUUCUACCUCGACCAAAUCAAUAUCCAAAAUCCAAUUCUCAAAGGAGUCUUGGAAGUGAAUCCAGAUGCACUAACUCAAGCAGAUGCAGCUGACAAAGAGAGAAGGGAAAAACCACCAGACUCUCUAUCAAGGUUGCAUGGAAUACCUAUUCUGGUUAAGGAUAAUAUUGCAACUAAGGAUAAAUUGAACACUACUGCAGGCUCUUUGGCACUACUUGGAUCAGUGGUUCCAAGAGAUGCAGGAGUAGUUACCAAGUUAAGGAAAGUCGGGGCUAUCAUAUUAGGGAAAGCCACAUUGAGUGAGUGGGCACAUUACAGGUCUUUUAAUGUUCCAAGUGGUUGGAGUGCCAGAGGUGGACAAGGAAAGAAUCCAUAUACAUUGGGUGAACCCUGUGGUUCAAGUAGUGGAUCAGCAAUAUCUGUAGCUGCAAAUUUGGUGACUCUAUCACUUGGUACCGAAACCGAUGGCUCCAUUUUAUGUCCUUCAAAUUUUAACUCAGUAGUAGGCAUCAAACCCACAGUUGGUCUCACUAGUAGAGCAGGUGUAGUUCCAAUUAGUCCAAGGCAAGACACUGUUGGGCCAAUUUGCAGGACUGUAUCAGAUGCUGCUUAUGUUCUUGAAACCAUAGCUGGCAUAGACACUCUUGAUAAAGCAACAAUUGAAGCAUCAAAGUAUAUACCAAAAGGUGGCUAUGCUCAGUUUCUAAACAAAGAUGGACUAAGAGGAAAGAGGUUAGGAGUAGUGAGACGAUACUACGAGUUUGGAGAUGGCACUUUACUGGAUGAAACUUUCAAGCUACACCUAAGAACAUUUAGGGAAAGAGGUGCAGUUUUGGUUGAUAAUUUGAAGAUUGAUGACAUUGAUGAAAUUAUCAAUAAUCAAAGUGAAAUUAUUGCUUUAAAUUUUGAAUUCAAAUUGUCCUUGAAUGCAUACCUGAAAGACUUAAUUGCUUCACCAGUGAAGAGUUUGGCAGAUGUGAUAGAUUUCAACAAGAAACACUCAAAAUUGGUGAGUAUAUAUAUGUGAUUUUGUUUAUAGACAAUUGGAUAUUGCCACCACCCCUUAGGAAGUUGGAAGUUGAAAAUUUGUAGUAAUGCUUUAGAGCUGAAUAAUAAAUCAAAAGCUGGGAUUUUGACAAAAUGCAGUGAGUUUUUGUGUAUGAAAUGAAAUAAAACUUGUUUCAAUUUUGUAACACAAGGUGGAAUCUUUAUUGUGAGAUAACUGGUCUUUCACUAAAGAUUCAAGGUUUG